CUUCACUUGGCCAAAGUCGCAGUCACAAUACAGCUUUGUUCUGUCGCAGACUCGCAAGUGUCUGACUAGCCAUUUCGCUCACCAGGAUGUCGGUGAACGAGGAGCGCACUGUGACCAUACAGGACAUACUGGAAGACGAGGAGCUGCAAGAGGCUUAUGCUGUGUUGGCUGGAAGUGAUCCAGAGAAUUGUUCCUAUCCCCAGGGAUACGUGAAGAGACAGGCUGUUUUUGCCUGCAACACUUGCACACCCAGGGGGGUAGAACCUGCUGGGCUCUGCCUUGCCUGCACCAACCAUUGCCAUGAUGGACAUGACAUAUUUGAGCUCUACACAAAAAGGAAUUUCCGCUGUGAUUGUGGAAACAGCAAGUUUGGCGUGUUUAGGUGCCAGCUGAGUCCUGGCAAAGACCGACAUAACGCAAAAAAUCAUUACAAUCACAACUUCCAUGGCUGUUACUGUACCUGUGACAGACCUUACCCAGACACUGCUGAAGAUCAGGUUAAUGAGGAUAUGAUUCAGUGCAUCAUCUGUGAGGACUGGUAUCAUCCCAGGGUAUGUAUCAAGGGGCAACAUCAUGAUUGUUUUCAGCACCUGGGUUGUACGGUGGAAGACUCUGAGGAGCUGCAGGAGAUGGUGUGUGAGACCUGCAUGAACAAAGCACCCUUCCUCUGGACAUACGCCACCCACAUUGCAGUUAAAGAUGGAAGAUGUCAGACUUCUUCAUCUAGAGAACCUCCCAUGGUCAAAGUGAGCCCCUGUAAAGGGGAGUUUGAAGUCAACAAGGAGGAAGAUAAGGAGCCAGAGGACAAGAGGAGGGAUGAGCCCUGUAAGAACGGGGGCGAGGGGUCCUCUACCAACCCCAGCUGUCAGGAGAAGAAGCAGGCUACGAAUGGGAGGUCUGUCUACAAACGGACUCACCAGGAGAUGACAGGCCUUCCUGUGAAGAGCCAGGAUAAGACUGUGUACUGCAGGCUGAGGGAGCUGAAGACACAAGGUCUGGAGAGAGCUAGGGAAGGGGCUGUGUUCUGGCCUUACCACUGGAGAGCCAAGCUGUGCACCUGCGUCAGCUGCAAGAGGGCAUACGUCGAUGCGGGAGUGCAGUUCCUGCUGGAUGAGUCAGACACUGUCCUGGCCUAUGAGAACAGAGGCACUGUAGAGCAAGGACCUGCUAGUCUUGACAGUCUGCUCAUGUCAAGCCUGAGUACUCUGGACCGCGUGCAGCAACUGGAGAUUGUUUACCAGUUCAAUGAGAUGCAGACUGAACUGAUGACGUUCCUACGGCAGAUAGCUGAUGAAGGAAAGGUUGUCACAGCAGAGGCCAUCCACCAGUUCUUUGGGGAGCUGAUGUCCAGGAAGAGGCGGCAAAUGAACAGCUGAUGUCAUUCUGCCCCUCAGCGUCGUUGUCUACUUGUUUUUUAAUGUUACUUUGGGUUCAUAGCAAAACAGUUCGAUGUCCCUCAAACGCCUUCUGCUUUAAAUAAAAGAUGCUGUUGCUGAGGAUUGAAGUUGAAGAUUUUGCUAAAAGGUUCUUGAAUGGGUCUCCAUGAAUUUCAAAUGGCAUUCUUUGUCUUAUGAGAAACUGAAUGACCGUUAGCAUGCUGGGAGAGAUGCUAAUGGAAUCUAGUCAUUUUAAUCAUGGACUUACUGUUAUUAGGUACAUUAAGUCUAAGUUGUCAUUAGACUUUCAUUAUGUGACACCUGACUAUGCACUGCCAUUCAUAUUGAAACGUGACCAUUUGAUGGUGUCACUGGUAUUAAAUGAAACAGUUCAUUCAGCAUACUGUGUGAAGUGAUUCCACGGCUACUUGUCAUCGAAAUACCAGAAGGUACUGCUUUACUCAAGGUUGAACUAAAUGACUCAACAGUCCAGAAUUAUAUUAAGGCAGUUUAUUUCGAAGAUGCCCAAGUUUCACACUGUUAUGCACCUUUUGAGUUAACAGUAGAAAAAUAGAACACGUAAAACCAAAUACAAUUUUUAGUACAGGUGUCUACAAAAGUGUUUUUACAUACAGCGUACCUGUUCAAUUAUAAAGUUCAACAUAUAAUCAAACACAGUUCCAGAGGGUUACAUUUUAAAAAGGUACUUAAACAAAAAAA